AUGGCUACCCCUAGUGUCCUAGCUUUUGACGCUGAGGGUCGCGCCAUUGAUUUUGAGGUCUGGGUCGACGACCUGCAGCUGUUCUUACAGUGCGACAGGGCAGACGGCCUUUCUCUCUUUGACCUCACCUCUGGCGCCUCUCCUGCCCCUGCUGCUGAUGCUGAUCCCACUGUGCGCUCUCAGUGGGCCACCCGCGAUGCUGCUGCACGUCUUGCUGUGCGUCGCCACCUCCCUACCUCUGAGCGUGCGCACUUUAGUCAGUACAAGAGUGCUCAGACCUUGUACGACGCUGUAGUUGCGCGCUACUCUUCCCCUGCCACUGCUGCACUGAGCCGUCUCAUGCUUCCCUACAUCUUUCCUGACCUCUCUGCCUUCCCCACUGUCGCUGACCUCAUUCCGCACCUCCGCACUAGUGACACUCGCUACCGCGCUGCCCUUCCUGCUGAGUUCUGCGCUAAGAACCCCCCCCCCAUGUACAUCACUCUCUACUACGUAGUCGCGCGCCUCCCUGACUCCCUUGGCGUAGUCAGGGACCACUUUCUCGCAGUCUGUCCCACCACCCUCACCGUCGACCUCCUCGAGAAGGCCCUCCUCUCAGCUGAGAAGAGCAUAGUCGCUGUAGGGGCUUCUCUUGGUGACCCUCGCACCCCCAUCUUUGAGGGGUGCUCUCCUUCCCCCUUGCUGCCCUCUGUUGCCUCUGCUGCUGCUGCCGACCUGCUUGGUCUUGAGUCGGUCGGCGCGGCGUCUGCCCCUAGUGGGAGACGUUGCUCUGGCAAGGGCAAGGGGGGCAAGGGCGCGGGUGGAGCUGGAGGGAGCGGUGGAGGUGGCGGCGGAGGCGGCGGAGGGAGUGGGGGCGGCGGCGGGAAUGGUGGCGGGGGUGGUGGUGGUGGUGGCAACAGCGGCGGAGGAGGCGGUAGUGGCGGCGGCGGUGGUGGUGGUGGCAGCGGCGGGGGUGGAGGCGGCGGAGGAGGCGGCGGAGGAGGCGGCGGAGGAGGCGGUGGUGGUGGAGGGGGUGGAGCUGGUCGGGGUGGUACCCAGCAGCGGAGCGGCGGUGGUGGUGGCCAGCGCUCGCAGCAGCAGCAGCAGCAACGUUCGCGGGACAUCCCUCCGCCUCAGCAGCUCCGUGAGUGGUACACUCAGCGUCAGCGGGGUGCGGGUACUGGUCCUUGCACCUACGUCCUCCGUUCCGGCGACCGCGCGGGUGAGCAGUGUGGGGGUGCCCACCCCACCCAGUGCUGCUUUGGCCGCCUGACGGAUGCUUGGCGUCAGCAGUUCCCUGGGGCUAGUGAGAUCCCUCGCUGGGAUGAGCUUCUUAGGGCUGGUGUAGCGAUCUUUGAUCUUGAUUUUGAUGCUAUCCUUGCUGCUAUGUAUGCUGUGACUUAUAGUGAGGAGAAUGAGGGUUACCGGUGUUUCCCGCCCGACCCGGGCAUUGGUACUGCUGCGCUAGGUGCUUGUGAGGCUGCUGCUCUAGGUGCCAGUGCGUCUGCGCUCUCAAGUACUGGUGAGACUGCGCUCUCAGGUACUGCGUCGCCCUCGUCCUCCCUCACUUUCACACUUGACUCAGGGGCUUCUCGCUCCUUCUUUCGAGACCGCACUACCCUUACGCCGCUUGGCCGGCCGGUUGCGGUCUCCCUUGCUGACCCCUCUGGGGGUCCUGUCCUGUCUCACUUCUCCACUGUCCUCCCGUGUCCGGCUGCCCCUUCGGGCACCCUGUCUGGUCUGUACCUUCCCUCGUUCUCUACGAACUUGGUGAGUGGUGCAGCCCUGCAGGAUGCGGGGGUUCACCAGUUCACUCCUGCGAGUCAGCGGGUGACCCACUGCACGGACGCACGCACAGGCCGACACCUGGCCACCUUCUCGCGUCGGCCGGGGUCGAGUCUCUACACCCUGACCACUUCGUCUCCUCCUGUCCCUGCGUCCGGUCAGGUAGCUGCGUCAGGUCAGGUGUUUGCUGCUGCGUCCCGGUCAGGUCCUGAGUCUGCCCCCUGUUCCUGUCGUCUCUUGUCUCACGAGACUCUCCUGUGGCACCACCGUCUUGGCCACCCCUCCUUGCCCCGUCUUCGGAGCAUGGCUUCCCGUGUCCUUGUCUCUGGUCUCCCCCAGUCUCUCCCUCCUCUCCCCUCCGGGCCAGGACCUUCCUGUGUCCCCUGUGUCGAGGGUCACCUCCGGGCUACUCCUCACUCCUCCCACUUCCCCCCGACAGAGGCUCCCCUGGAGACGCUUCACAUGGAUGUGUGGGGCCCAGCCCCCGUCCGUGGGCAGGGCUACGAGCGCUACUUCCUGUUGGUGGUUGACGACUACUCGCGUUACACCACAGUCCUCCCCUUGCGCAGCAAGGGUGCGGUCACUGAGGUGCUGAUCGACUGGAUCCGCGAGGCUCGUCUCCAGCUCAGGAAGAGCUUCGGCUCGGACUUUCCUGUUCUGCGUCUGCACUCGGACAGAGGCGGAGAGUUCUCCUCUCGCCUUGUGCGAUACUACUGUCGUGCACGGGGGAUCCGCCAGACCUUCACGCUUCCGGACUCACCACAGCAAAAUGGGAUUGCUGAGCGCCGCAUUGGCAUGGUCAUGGAUGUCGCUCGUACGUCCAUGAUGCAUGCGGCUGCCCCCCAUUUUCUGUGGCCGUUUGCGGUGAGGUACGCGGCGCAUCAGCUCAACCUUCACCCCAGGGUCUCUCGGCCCGCGAUGUCCCCAGUCUUGCUGUGGACGGGGAAGGUUGGCGAUGCGUCGGCGUUCCGUGUCUGGGGAUCUCGGGCGUUUGUCCGCGACUUGUCUGCGGACAAGCUAUCCCCUCGUGCUUCUCCCUGUGUCUUCCUUGGCUUCCCCACUGACGCCCCAGGGUGGCAGUUUUACCACCCCUCCUCUCGUCGUGUUCUGUCCUCCCAGGACGUCACGUUCGAUGAGUCAGUCCCCUUCUACCGCCUCUUCCCCUACCGCACUCCUUCCCUCCCCCCUCCGCCGGACUUCCUUGUGCCGGUUACUGGUGACUCUGGUGCUGCUGCGGGUGCUGAGCCUGGGGGUGCUGACUCUGGGGGUGCUGUGCGCGGGGGUGCCGGGCCUGGAGGUGCUGCUACUGGGGGUGCUGAGCCUGAGGGUGCUGGGCCUGGGGGUGCUACUGCAGAGGGUGCUGAGCCUGGGGGUGCUGAGCCGGGGGGUGCUGUGCCUGUAGCUGCUGAGCCUGGGGGUGCAGAGUUGGGUGCUGCUGAGCCUCGGGGUGCUGAGUCUGGAGCUGCUGAGCCUAGGUUUUCUCCUGCUGCUGCGUCUCGGCGGGAGCCCCUCUCUCCACAGGAGCUGCGCGAGUGGUUUCCUCGCCGCUGGAGGCGUGCUGCUGGAGCUGGAGCUUCUUCGACAGUCGAGGGUGCUGGUGCUGCCGGUCCCGGAGCUGCUGGGCCUGCGGGUCCUACUGGAGCUAGCGCUACUGAGGGUGUUGGUUCUGAGACCACUGCUGUCUGUCCUCGCGGUGGUUCUGCUGCUGGUGCUGCUGGAGGUCCUGCCACUGGAGGUGUUGGUGGCGCUGGUGCUGUCGCUGAGGGUGCUGGUGCUGUCCCUGCUGAGUCUGGAGCUGCCGCGCGGCCUCGGCCGUACUUCGUUCCGCUCCUGCAGCAAGUUCUUGGUCUUUCUCCUCCGGUAGAGUGUCCACAGUCUGUCCAGUCGCAGUCACUGUUGGAGCCUUCCUCUCCUCUGCCUGCUCCCUCUCCUUACUCUGGUCCUACUGGAGGUCUUGCUGAGCGUCGUGAGCCUGCGUCUCGUCCCGCGUCGCCUGUUCGUGCUGCUCGCGCUAGUGGUCGCGGUUCGCGUCAGCGUCCUCCUCCUGUCCCUGGCACGCACCGGAUGUCUCUGCGUCCGUCCACUACUCCUCUACGUGCCCCUUUGCCUUCUCCUCCUGAGUCCUCCCUUCCUGCGCUUGCCGACCCUGAGUCGGACUCUCUUCGUGCUGCCAGUCCUACUGUCACGCGUCUGCUUGCUACUGUCGUCACUGACCCCUCUUUUGAGUCCACUGCUGCGUCUGCACUUGUCGCUGAGCUCGUCGACUUUGCUGCUCGCUGUCUUCUAGACUACGCUGCUAGUCUUGUUGCUGAGUCUGAGUCUGUCUGUCCUCCGUCCGUCGGGGGUGAGUGUGCUCUUGGCACGGACGUCCUAGAGGACAGGCAGGAGGAGUUCCAGUGUCUGGCUGCUGCUUCACCUCAUCUCGCGUCCGUACUGCUUGCUCCUGAGGGAGACCCGGAUGCACUAGACAUCCCGACUCCGCGCUCUUACGCGGAGGCCGUAGAGGGUCCCUACUCCUCUCAGUGGCAGGCAGCUAUGGAUGCAGAGAUGGCUUCCUGGAAGUCCACAGGCACCUACGUUGACGCAGUUCCCCCUCCUGGGGCGAACAUCGUCAGUGGCAUGUGGAUCUUCCGGGUGAAGCGGCCGCCGGGCUCUCCACCUGUCUUCAAGGCGCGGUACGUUGCUCGUAGCUUCACCGCUCAGCGCGACUACGAGCUUCACUCUCUCGACUUCAGCAUUGCGUUCCUGCAGGGUAGCUUGCACGAGGAGAUCUGGCUGCGCCGUCCACCUGGCUUCACUGGGUCUUUCCCUCCUGGCACCCAGUGGAGCCUCCGACGGCCAGUCUACGGUCUCCGCCAGGCACCGCGUGAGUGGCACGACACACUGAGGACUACGCUUGCGGCUCUUGGGUUUGCUCCCUCUACUGCUGACCCGUCGCUGUUUCUGCGCACCGACACGUCACUGCCGCCGUUCUACAUCCUCGUGUACGUCGACGACUUGGUCUUUGCCACAGCGGACACUGCUGGACUCGCCUACGUGAACUUCGAGCUGCUAAAGAGACACACGUGCACAGACCUGGGUGAACUGCGCAGCUACCUUGGCUUGCAGAUCACUCGGGAUUGA